AUGGACCUGAGCAGACAGGCGUGGUUACUGUCCAAGCCUAUAGGAAUAGCUUCAGAAGCAUCUUCACUGGGACAGAACAUGACUGUCAACGCUGGUGCCACCAUGUCUACAUUUGCGACCUUGCCUGUUCUCCCCCCUGCCCCCCAACCGGCACCCCAGUUAUUUUGGGAGCCCCCAGCGCCCCUCAUGACUGCGGGCAUCUCUCCCAGGAAUCCUCUAGUCCUGUCUGCCUUGCCUGGGAUGUCGUUGGUGGCAGAAGAUGGGAGCACUGCCCUGAAUGCAGCUGUUCCCCUGAACAUCGUACCGCUUGGAACACUGGGCAGGCCCGUCCAGCCUGUGCACAAUGCCAACAUUGUUCUCACUCAGGUGCCUCUCAACUAUAAUAUUCCUGGGGCCCAAGGUGUGGGUAUGGGGUACUCGACUCCACUCUUCAUGGCAACACCUGCUGCAAACACCUUCAUUAAUACACGAAUUGCUUCGGCUGUCCAGCCCCAAGAGGGAACAUGGGUCCUGGGACCUCGCCCUCCCACCACACAGCAAGUUGUCCAGCUAGUUCCUGUCAGGUCUCCGGUGACCUCAGCACCACCUCCAAAAGGAGCAUAUGGAGAGAGUGUCCCAGCCAACAUCCAAGCCAGAAACUCCCCAGAAAAUUACUUGUCCAAGCCAGACAGUGUCUAUGGGAACUUCAGACGCUGGCAGCAUAUCAAGACACUCGUCCAGAGGCACUUGCCCCAGACUCCUGAUGUGGCGGCUUUCUCCUGCUUCCUCAUUCCAGUGCUUCGGUCCCUGGCCCGGAGGAAGCCCACCAUGAAUGUGGAGGAAGGCCUGUGGAGGGGUCUGCAGGAAUGGCAGUGUACAAGCAACUAUGACCGGAUGAUCUUCUUUGAGAUGGCAGAAAAGUUCACAGAAUUUGAGAAUGCAGAAGAAAUGGAGAACUCAAUGAGAAACAUCCAGUACCAAGUUCUUGCAACCGCACCAAGGCAAGAUCCUCCAAGGCUCCCAGUUCCCAAGGCGGUUAAGGAACCAGAAUGUACCUCUAUGAAGACUGUCCCCAGGACCGAUUCUGCCCAUCUCCCAGAGUUCAGACACCAGCAGUUACGAAAGGCCAAAACACCCACGGAAAUUCCACCAGAAGCCGUGCAGGAGUACAUGGAUAUCAUGGACUGGCUGGAGGGGUUUCCUCAGCCAUUCACAGGAGACCCCAAGGAAAAGGAGGAAGAUGAGAACAGUGGGACAGAGCAGGAAGGAGAUGACUUAUACUCAGACGCAGGACUCCUGAGCUACAUUGAUGAGCUGUGCUCACAGAAACGUUUUGUUGAGCAGGUAGAGGCCAUAAUAAACCCCCAGUUUGUGGCAGAAAUUCUAUCUGCCAAACCAGAAAUGGACAUCCUGGCUCUAACCAAGGAGCUGGAGCAUGAGGAAGAACUCACUAUUGACCAGCUGAUAGAGAAGCACUGCCUGGCUUUGAAGAAGAAAGGAGUUGAGAGAGCAGCUCUGAAUCCUGGUGCCCCUCAGAAUCCUGCCAACGCUUCUGUACUGACUGUCUGCCAAGGUGCACAGAGAGAUGACUGUGGUGCCCAGAAAGGAGCCAGUACACAGAUUGCUUCCUCACGAAUGGCUUCCUUAGACCAGCAGUGUCUUGGAGGCACCAAUACAGAACUGUGGGGGCCUAAGCCUGCUACUCUCCACCACAGUAAUCAAAGUUCACCAUCACUGGUAGACAAUGGAUCCACUGGUUUUCCCUGUGGCAGAGGAGCACAUAACCAAAGCCCAGGAUCCAGAUGCGCCGGGAUCCUCAGAGGAACUCCUGCUACGGAGGACCCUCAAGGGCCACUGGGCAAAACCAUUGAGGACAAGGAGGAACUCCAUAGCCUGUCUUUCCUCCUGUCCUCCCAGUACAGGCUAGUGCCCUGGAGACUAUCUCCCCAAAUGUGCCCCUAUGCAGAUCUCCCCGACUCUGCUAGUAUCCCCAAACCAUGCCCAAAGAUGAGGGGCCCUAGCCCUGAUCCAUGUCCAAUUGUCAAGUCAAAGAAGCGAGCAGUCUUUGGAGGCUUGGUUCCUACGGCUAAGAAGCCUAACUUAGAACCUGGUUUUGGGGUGUCUGAAGAGCCACUCUCCGCUCUGGAGCUGGCUCACCUCUCACAGACUCAGAAGAGGAAUCACGAGACACUAGGUACCCGUAAAAGGAAGAGGAAGAAGAGGCAUUGA